GUGGCGGAGUUUUAAAAACUCCUGGGAAUGUGUUGACAGUGAAGAAGCCGUCACUGCUUUGAUAUUAUUCACUAAAACACUGAGUGUGAAUUACCUCUUAAUUAACUGUCUUCAAAUCUUCGAAAGGAUGGAGGCGUGCAUGCCAGAAAUCAAAAAGAAACCAAAGCCGCCGAAGCCGUUCCCAAAGCCUACAGUGGUAAAAACAAAUGACCAAGAGAGACCGGAGAAACCAACUCCUCUGGUGCCUCAACGACCUGCAGACACGGAACUAAGUCAGACACAAUACCGAAUGAAAAAAGCAACAAGCGAUGAGGCGAAAGGAAACUUGAUAGAAACUCCUGUAGUUCCACCCAGACCCACAGAAAAGGAAAUGAACACCACAACCAGAUACAGCCAACGCAGGAGGAUACAGGCUGAGGACACACAGAGCCAAUCAGAAGUUCCCAAAAAUGAAACGGACUUCAAACAGAGCGAUCAGUCGGCCCUGACCGGAUUGUUUCGUCGGAGCCAAAAAGAGAAAACGCAUUCGUUCACUAGUUACCUGAUUCCAGACAAAGAGGACAACACGGACAAUGUGCCGGCCAAAAAGGCUCCUGGCAGCAAACCGGUUGGUCUGAAGGGAGUAAUGAAAGGGUUACAAAUCAAGUCGUCACCAAAGGCCAGCAGAGAGCCGAGUCCAGACUCCGGCACCGAGGAAGAAAAGGAACAAGCCGCAGAAAAAAACAAACCCAAACAGGACAUCGGAGGUCUGAUCGCUGGAAUGUUCCGGAAAGCACCCAAAGAGAAAUCGUCGUCUCCUGCUGUGACGGUCCACUUAGCAGACAGUGAUUCUGAAGAUGCAGAAGAAGCAGAAGAUAAGGAAUGGGGAGGCUUUUUCUCUGGUAUCCGUAGAAAUUCCAAUAAAGCAAGAGACGAGACACCUGCACAGGACAAUCUGAGUGUUCAUAGUGAUCUGUCUGCCAGCAGCGACAGUCUGUCUGAAAACGGCACCAAGGAAAAAGGAGGAAUAUUCAAGAAGUUCAAAAAGUCUCCGAAAGCAACAGAAGCUGCUCAAACUGACGAGGACCGACGGUCUUUACAUGAUGAUCUCUCGGGCAGCAAUGAUGAUCUGUCUGAAAACUCAAAGGAAAAAGGAGGAUUUUUCAGCGGGAUCCUCCGAAAGUCUCCUAAGAUUCCUGGAGAGGGAACACCUGGCCAGGAUAAACAGUCGCUGCAAACGGAGCCAGCAGACGAUGAGACUGAGAACAGCAGCACUAAAGAGAAAGGAAACGUUUUCAGUGGAAUAUUCAAGAAAUCUCCCAAACUGUCUGCGGCGCCUCGACUGGAGGAGGGUGCAGAGACGUUACACAGUGAGCUCUCCGCCAGCACUGACAGCCUGACGGAGAACAAGGAGAAAGGUGGUUUGUUCAGUGGACUCCUGAGAAAGACUCCCAAAACAACUGGAGAGGAGAAUCUAUCGGCACAGAAAGAUCUUUCAGCCAGCAAUGACAGUCUGUCUGAGGCUGCCAACACAAAGGAGAAGGGAAUUGGAUUCAGUGGAUUAUUCAAGAAGUCUCUCAGACCUGCAGACAGUCCUCCAGCAGAGGAAGAGACAAAGUCAUCAGACGAUGAACUCACAGGCAGCAGUGAAGCUCUCUACACCAAGGAGAAAGGUGGAGGGUUGUUCAGCGGACUCCUCAAAAAGACUCCCAAAGCGUCUGGAGAAAGGACGGAGUCACCGGAACGAGACGCUCAGGAGAAAAAUAUUUUUAGCAACAUGUUUAAGAAGCCGCAGAAAACCAGCAGAGGGAGCUGCAGCAGACAAGGAGCAGGAGGUCGACACGGAAAAGCAGUUAUCUGUUAGCUGUGAGAAUCUGGCUGACACCCCCGCCCCGAAGGAGAAGAAAGGAGGCCUGGCCGGCAUCUUCAAAAGAUCCGCCAGCAUUGACAACCUGUUUGACGAGGAGAAAGGCGGGCUGUUCAGUGGACUUCUUAAGAAAACACCCAAAGCGUCCGGAGACGAUGCAGAG